GGCUGUGCAAGAGAAUCACGGACUCAGUCAAGGAAGCGGAUGUGGCGGCCAGGCAAGCUAUGCUGCAUCUAACUCCUUCUAGAAGUGCAUGGAAGCUGAACUCUAUUUUGGAUAUAUGUGUGUGUCAGUUGUGAGUAUACAAAUUGCUGAAGAUUAAAAAAAUUAAGCUUUGCUAAAAUAUCACGUCCUAAACCGUAAUUGUUCUCCUACACCAGUGUCAGUUGUGAGUAUCUCUCUAUCAAAACCGGGAGCCCAAAAAAGCCCAACAAGGUAAACCGUAGAAGAUGAUGCGUUAAAUUAAUACUUGAGAACGCAACAGAGCAACAGAGAAAUGGCUGUAAUGACAACAUCAGUUUCUGCAUCAUCACCUCCACCAUUUUCCUCUAUUCCCGCCAACUCCAAACACAGAAACAACCCUAACAAAAUCCCUCCAUUUUCAACCUCCAUUAAAACUCAGAAUCCAUCACUUCAGAAAUCACCAAAAUCCCCCAAAUUUUCCCCCAAAAAUCCCCGGAAAACAGCUCCAAAACGAGAUAAAUCAACAUACCCUUGGUCAUUUCCACUGCAAAAGAAAAACCCACAUUCAAUUUACAAAGAUAUUCAGAGAUUUGCAAGAAGAAACCAGCUCAAAGAAGCUCUCACAAUUCUAGAUUAUUUGGAGCAACAGGGUAUCCCUGUAAAUGCUUCAACAUUCUCUGCUUUGAUUGCUGCCUGUAUUCGCUCGAAAUCGAAAGCCGAAGCGAAACAAAUUCAUGCCCAUAUCAGGAUUAAUGGGGUUGAAAACAAUGAAUUCCUUAAACCCAAGAUUGUUCAAAUGUAUGUUUCUUGUGGAUUAGUUGAUGAUGCCAAAAGGGUAUUUGGUGAUGAUGACAAUGAAGAAUCUAACAGUGUUUAUUCAUGGAAUGCAUUGCUUAGAGGUAAUGUUGUUGUAGGUGGAAGAAAAUACAAGGAUUUGUUGUAUACUUUUGCUAGAAUGAGAGAAACUGGGGUUGAAUUGAAUGUGUAUAGUUUUUCUUGUUUGAUCAAGAGUUUCGGCGGCGCGGCGGCUUUUAGGCAAGGAUUAAAGAUACAUGCAUUGCUGAUUAAGAAUGGAUUUAUAGGCAGUGAGAUGUUGAAGACAAGUUUGAUUGAUAUGUACUUUAAAUGUGGUAGAGUUAAGCUUGCUUACCACCUGUUUGAUGAAAUGUCUGAGAGAGAUGUUGUUCUUUGGGGUGCAAUGAUUGCAGGGUUUGCGCAUAAUAAGUUGCCUAGAGAAGUGAUUAGGUAUACUAGGUGGAUGAUUAAGGAAGGUGUAUUGCCGAAUUCGGUUGUAUUAACUACAAUGCUUCCCAUUCUUGGGGAACUUGGGGCAUGGAAGAUGGGUAAGGAGGUUCAUGCCUUUGUGAUCAAGAGAAGAAAUUAUAUGGAGCAGCCGUUUUUGAAGUCGGCUUUGAUUGAUAUGUAUUGUAAGUGUGGGGAUAUGACUUAUGGGAGGAAAGUGUUUUAUAAUUCCGGUGAUAGGACGACUGUUUCAUGGACUGCUUUGAUGUCUGGUUACAUAUCGAAUGGUAAGCUUGAUCAGGCUAUAAGGUCAAUUAUAUGGAUGCAACAAGAAGGGUUUAGGCCUGAUGUCGUUUCGUUGGCAACAAUCCUUCCGGUUUGUGCUAAGCUGAAGGCGUUGAAGCAAGGAAAGGAGAUACAUGGGUUUUUGUUGAAGAAUGGAUUUCUUCCUAAUGUAUCAUUGAUAACAUCAUUGAUUGUGAUGUACUCGAAAUGUGGUGUCUUGGAGAUUAGUCGUAGGUUAUUUAAUGGCAUGGAAGCAAGAAAUGUGAUUGCUUGGACAGCUUAUAUGGUUUCUUGUAUUGAAAACGAGCAUCCAGUUGAAGCCCUUGAUGUAUUUAGGUCAAUGCAGCAAUCCAAGCACAGGGCAGAUUCCGUUACAAUGUCUAGAAUAUUAGAACUUAGCCACAAACUCAAAUUGUUGAAACUAGGGAAAGAACUCCACGGACAAGUAUUGAAGAAGGGCAUUGAGUACGUUCCUUGGGUUUUAGCACGACUUGUGAAGUUCUAUGGAAAAUGUGGAAUGAUUGAGAAAGCAAAGUUGUUGUUUGAUCUCUACCCUUGCGAUGGUGCAGUAGCACCAACUGCCAUGAUGAUGGCUUAUGGAUAUAAUAAUUGUUAUAGAGAAGCGCUGGCUCUUUUUAACGAAAUGUUGAUUGAAGGUAAGCCUCCUAAUACGGACACCUUAGAUGUGGUUUUAGCUAUUUGUGAUCAAGCUGGAUUCGCAGAUGAUGCAUGUAAAAUCUUCCAACUCAUGACUCGAAAAUAUAGAAUCAAGCCAUCUAAAGAGCAAUACUCUGUUAUGGCUGGACUUCUUACUCGUUCCGGUCACUUUCAGGAGGCUGAAAGAUAUAUUCAAUGGGGUUCUAAGUUGGAUUCUUAACAUCAAGCAGUCCCUUCUUUGGAGAUUUUGUAGGAAUUGACAGGUGCAAUAGGAAGCAAAACUAUUGUGUACUUGUAUUGUAUCUAUGUAUACAUAGCAUUCAUUGACAAAGUACUCAUAAGAAAGGUUUUUUGUGCA